GGUGUGAGCUGCCGGGCCGGGGGGGGGGCAAAAUGGCGGCGGCAGUGGGGGUCCGCGGCCGGUGCGAGCUGCCGCCUUGCUCUGGCCCACGCUGGCUUCUCAGCCUCUCCGCUUUGCUGAGUGUAGCAACUCGAGGGGCCUUCGCCACCACCCACUGGGUAGUCACCGAGGACGGAAAGAUCCAGCAGCAGGUGGAUUCACCAAUGAACUUGAAGCAUCCCCAUGACUUAGUUAUACUAAUGAGACAAGAAACAACAGUGAACUAUCUCAAAGAACUGGAGAAGCAAUUAGUUGCCCAAAAAAUUCACAUAGAGGAAAACGAGGACCGAGACACAGGCCUGGAACAGAGACAUAAUAAAGAAGAUCCAGACUGCAUCAAGGCCAAGGUGCCCUUAGGGGACCUGGAUCUAUAUGACGGAACAUACAUAACUUUGGAGAGCAAAGACAUUAGCCCUGAAGAUUAUAUAGAUGCAGAAUCUCCUGUCCCUCCAGACCCUGAGCAACCUGAUUGUACUAAAAUUCUAGAACUUCCAUAUAGUAUACAUGCUUUCCAGCACUUGCGAGGUGUACAAGAGAGAGUUAAUCUUUCUGCCCCUCUAUUGCCUAAAGAAGAUCCAAUCUUCACGUAUUUAUCUAAGCGGUUAGGAAGGAGUAUAGAUGACAUAGGUCACCUCAUUCAUGAGGGCCUGCAGAAGAAUGCUUCCUCAUGGGUGCUAUAUAAUAUGGCUUCAUUUUACUGGAGAAUAAAAAAUGAACCAUAUCAAGUAGUGGAAUGUGCCAUGCGAGCACUUCACUUUUCUUCUAGGCAUAAUAAAGACAUUGCCUUGGUCAAUUUAGCUAAUGUUCUACACAGAGCACACUUCUCUGCCGAUGCUGCUGUCGUGGUCCAUGCAGCCCUGGAUGACAGUGACUUCUUCACCAGCUACUACACCCUGGGGAACAUAUAUGCAAUGCUUGGGGAAUAUAACCACUCGGUGCUCUGUUAUGACCAUGCUUUGCAGGCCAAACCUGGGUUUGAGCAAGCGAUAAAGAGGAAGCAUGCUGUCCUCUGUCAGCAAAAACUGGAGCAGAAAUUGGAGGCUCAACAUAGAUCCCUCCAGCGAACACUAAAUGAGUUAAAAGAGUAUCAGAAGCAGCACGACCAUUACCUGAGACAGCAGGAAAUCCUAGAGAAGCACAAGCUGAUUCAGGAGGAGCAAAUCUUGAGAAAUAUCAUCCACGAGACUCAGAUGGCAAAAGAAGCACAGUUAGGAAAUCAUCAAAUAUGCCGGCUGGUCAACCAGCAGCAUAGCUUACACUGCCAGUGGGACCAGCCAGUGCGCUACCACCGAGGAGAUAUCUUUGAAAAUGUGGACUAUGUUCAGUUUGGUGAGGAUUCCUCAACAUCCAGUAUGACAUCUGUGAACUUCGACGUUCCUACAAAUCAGAGUGCUAUCAGUGGUUCAGUCAAGUCUUCCCCCGUAGCCCACUCUGUUCUCUGGGUCUGGGGCCGGGACUCUGAUGCAUAUAGGGACAAACAGCAUAUUCUGUGGCCUAAAAGAGCAGAGUGUACAGAGAGCUACCCCAGAGUCCCUGCUAGAUGGGAAUUGCCAACGUAUUUUCUGCCUCCGGAGAACAAAGGACUCAGGAUCCACAAACUCAACAGUGAGGAUUAUUCUUCAGAAGAAGAGGCCAAAACCCCUGGCUGUUCCAUAACUGGCGUCAGAAAAAGCCACACUCUGUCCUACUUAGUCAGAGAAUUAGAGGUCCGCGUGGAUCUGAAAGACAAAAUACCAGAUGACCAUGCACGAAAAAUUUUGCUUUCCCGUAUUAAUAACUAUACUAUCCCGGAAGAAGAAAUUGGGUCUUUCUUAUUUCAUGCUAUUAAUAAGCCCAAUGCUCCUGUCUGGCUCAUACUCAAUGAAGCUGGGCUCUACUGGAGAGCAGUAGGAAAUAGCACUUUUGCUAUUGCUUGUCUUCAGAGGGCUUUGAAUCUAGCUCCACUUCAAUACCAGGACAUUCCUCUUGUCAACUUGGCCAACCUUUUGAUUCACUAUGGCCUACAUCUUGAUGCCACGAAGCUGCUGCUUCAGGCUUUGGCCGUCAAUAGCUCUGAGCCCCUGACCUUUUUGAGCCUGGGAAAUGCUUACCUUGCUUUGAAGAAUAUCAGUGGGGCACUUGAAGCCUUCAGACAGGCUUUGAAAUUAACCACCAAAUGUCCAGAGUGUGAAAACAGCCUGAAGUUGAUCCGCUGUAUGCAGUUUUACCCAUUUCUGUACAACAUCAGCUCUUCCAUUUGCAGUGGUGAUUGUCAUGAGAAAGCCCUGGACAACGGCCAUGGCAAACAGAAAUAUUAUGACCAACUGCAGUUACUGGAUGCUGCUGAAGAAGAGCCCUCUGACAGAGGGACAGAGGAAGACCCUGAGCUCUCUGUGAGGAACUCAAGGAGGGGCCCUGAGGCCCUUAGACUUGAAAGUACAGUGGUUGAAGAAAGCAAUGGUUCUGAUGAAAUGGAGAGCUCAGAUGAAACAAAGAUGUCAGAAGAAAUACUGGCUUUGGUGGAUGAAUUCCAACAGGCGUGGCCCUUGGAAGACUUCGGAGGAGCACUAGAGAUGAAGGGGCGGCGUCUAGACUUACAAGGGAUUCGGGUCCUGAAGAAAGGUCCCCAGGAUGGAGUGGCCAGAAGUUCUUGCUAUGGUGACUGCAGAAGUGAAGAUGACGAAGCAACAGAAUGGAUCACAUUCCAGGUCAAACGAGUUAAGAAACCCAAAGGAGAUCAUAAGAAAACUCCCGUGAAAAAGGUGGAAUCAAACCAAGCAGAAAACGGACACCGUUACCAAGCAAACCUGGAGAUCACUGGCCCAAAGGUGGCAUCUCCUGGGCCGCAGGGAAAAAAACGUGACUACCAGAGUCUAGGAUGGCCUAGCCCCGACGAGUGCCUCAAACUCCGCUGGGUGGAGCUCACUGCCAUUGUGAGUACCUGGCUUGCAGUUUCUUCAAAAAACAUUGACAUCACGGAACACAUCGAUUUUGCCACCCCCAUACAGCAGCCAGCAACAGAGCCACUCUGCAACGGCAAUCUCCCCACGAGCAUGCACACCCUAGACCACUUGCAUGGCGUGUCCAACCGAGCCAGCCUGCACUACACGGGUGAGAGUCAGCUCACAGAGGUGCUGCAGAAUCUUGGCAAAGACCAGUACCCUCAGCAGUCACUUGAACAAAUUGGCACCCGAAUUGCCAAAGUUUUGGAAAAGACUGAUGGCUUAUUGGGGGAAAAAAGAAAUUACCAUCUGAGAGGAAUAUUUCCACACCCAUGUUCCUACCAGUACUGUUCACUGUAGGAAAGAGGUAGAAGCAAUUCAGAUCAACAGAGGAAUGAACAAGCAAAAUGUGGUAUAUACACGCAGCACACUGAGCUUGAGAAGAAAGGAAACUGGGGCCCGGGAUUUAGCUCAGUGGUGCUGCGCCUGCCUUGCAAGUGAGGGUCCUGAGUUUGAACCCCGCUACCCAGAAAAAGAAAUUAUGACACAUGCUACAAGACGGAUAAAAUCUGGAAGAAUUCUUGUAAAUGAAAUAAACCAGUCACAAAAAGACAAACUCGGAUUGGUUCCACUUGUAUUAGGUAUCAAGGGUAGUCCAAUUUGUAGAAUCAGAAAGCACAAUAGUGGUUGCCAGGGACUGGAUGGAAAGAGUUGUUGUUUAAUGUGUAUAGUUUCAGGGUUACCAGAUGAGAAGGUUCUGAAGAUUGGUUCUACAGCCAGUGUGGAUCCUCUAAACAUUGCUGAAUUUUACACUGAGAAAUUAUUAAGAUGGUCCUUUUUAUAUUAUGCUGUUUUUACUAAAUUUUUAAAAUCAGGUUAGACCUCAUAAUAUAUAAUUUGUCCCAAAAGAACAUGACAGACCCCUGGAAAAUAUCCAAACCAAAGCAUGUAAACAUAAAGGAACUUAAGGGUGGUUCAGAUAAGGCCAUAAAACAUGUCUGCAACGCGUUAAAAAGGAAAAAAGCUUCACAUAUGGAGUACCAGGAAGAGUAAAGCGAAUGGGGCAGAAGCAGUGUUUGAAGAUUUAAUGGCUAAGAAGUUUCUAAAAAUAAUGAAAGACAUUAUUCCACAGACUCAGGAGAGUCUGCUACCCACAAAUAUAAAUACAAAGAAGCCCCAUUAUAACAUCAUAGCAAACUACUAUAAGAAAAGACAAAGAAUAAAAUCGUGUUUGUUUGUUUGUUUGGUACCGGGAAUUGAACUCAGGUCCUUAUGCUUGCGGGGCAGGCGGCGGAACCACUGAGCUAAAUCUCCAGCCCAAGAAUAAAAUCUUUAGAGAAAGAAAAUCACUUUCAAAGGAACAGCCAUAAGACUGGCAGUGAGCUUUCAGUGGAGCAGUGGAACCAGGACACAAAGGAAUGACAUCUUAGUUGCUAAAUAAAAGUACUGCCAACCCAGAAUUCUGUACUCUGCAAAUAUCCUAGAAGAAUGAAAUAAUCCCUAUCAUGGUAUUGGUGGAAAGACUGCAGAGCGAAGUAAAUGGAACAGAACAGAGAGGCCAUAACUGUAUGGUCAAAUAAUUUUCUACAAGAGCACCACAACAUUUGAAUGUGGGAAGUAAAAAUCUCUUCAACAUAUGGUUUUGGAACACCUAGAUAUUCAUAAAGAAUAAAAUAACCCAUACCUCACAUAAUCCACUGCAACUUGAGGUGAAUUAUAGACAAAAAUGAAAGUAAAACUAAAGCUACCAGGACAAAACAUAAGAAAAUAUAUUCAAGUCUUCAGUGUAUUUAGACAAAUAGUUUUUAGGACAUAACAAGCAUGUGCUAUACAAGAGAAAAUUGAUAAAUUGGAUUUCAUCAAAAUUAAAACAGAAAAAAAAAAAAAUUAAAACAGCAGAUACCUAACAGACAAGCCACAGAUUGGGACAAAAUAAUCACAAUACAUGUAUUUCACACAGGAUGAGAAUCCAGAAUAUAUAAAGAACUCCUGCAAUACAGACUAAAACCCAGUGCAAUACCACUUAAAUACCCCUGGAAAGGCUAAAAUGAAAAA